CACAAGCAAUUGGCACAACAACUCAACUUGAUUAUUGGCUUUCACUUGGAGUAAAAGAAACAGUGGCCAUGCCUUUGCCUGUCCUGGAAUGCAUGCCUCAACAAUGGAAACUGCAGCUCCCUGCCAUCUUCUUUACGUUUCUUCUCCCUCUCCUCGCCCUCGCUCUUGCAACAAGAAGCUUCUUCUCCACCAAAGGCCGCCGCCUCCACCUGCCGCCCGGUCCACUGAGGCUGCCUAUCCUGGGCAACCUGCAUCAGAUCAUGAGCGCGCUGCCCCAUCGGAGCCUCCGCGAGCUGGCGCGUCGCCACGGGCCGGUGAUGCAACUGCGGCUGGGCACGGUGCCGACGGUGGUGGUGUCGUCGGCGGAGGCGGCGAGGGAGGUGCUGAAGACACACGACGCCGCGUGCUGCAACCGGCCGGACACGCCGGGGGCGCGGCGGUUGUCGUACGGCUACAAGGACGUGGCGUUCACGCCCUACAGCGAUUGCUGGCGCGAGAUGCGCAAGCUCAUUGUUGUCGAGCUCCUCAACGCACGCCGCGUCCAGGCCACCUGGCCAGCCAGGGAAGCCGAGGUGGACAAACUCAUCGGUCGCUUAACCAGCGGAGGACGGAGACCAGUGUACCUGGAGGAUCACAUCUUCACGCUCAUGGACGGCAUUGUCGGCACGGUGGCACUUGGGAGCAUAUACGGUUCAGAGCAGUUUGCACACAAGAAGCACUUCCACGAUCUGUUCGAUGAGGCCAUGGCUGUAAAGAGCAGCUUCUCCGCCGAGGACUACUUCCCCAACGUCUUCGGUCGCCUUGUGGACCAUCUCACCGGCCUCGUCUCCCGCCGUGAGAAGGUAUUUUGGGAGCUCGAUGCUUUCUUCGACAAGAUUAUCAGCAUGCACCUCCACCCGUCCCGCUCCACACCGGACAACGGGCCCAGCUUCAUCGACGUCCUUAUUGGCCUCACCAAGGAGCACGAGGGCACUUUCAGUUGGUUCACUGGAGACCACAUCAAGGGAAUGUUAUCGGAUACGUUCAUAGGUGGAGUUGACACGAACUCGGUCACGGUGGUCUGGGCAAUGGCCGAGCUGAUUCGAAACCCGGAGGUUCUUAAGAAGGCACAAGACGAGAUCAGAGGAGCGGUGGGCAACAAAAAGAGGGUAGAGCCGGACGACUUGCCCAAACUCAAGUACCUUAAGAUGGUGGUAAAGGAGACGCUACGGCUACACCCGGUGGUACCGCUUCUAGCUCCGAGGGAGACCAUGCGGCACAUCAAGAUCUGCGGAUACGAUGUGCCUGCCAAGACAAGGAUCUUUGUAAAUGUUUGGGCAAUUGGCAGGGACCCUGCAAGCUGGAGUAACUCCGAGGAAUUUGACCCAGAUAGAUUUGAGGGGAAUGGUGUCGACUUCAAUGGGGCACAUUUUGAGCUUCUGCCGUUCGGCGCCGGACGUAGGAUGUGCCCUGGAGUGGCCAUGGGGGUGGCGAUAGUAGAGUUCGCGCUGGCCAACCUGCUCUACUGCUUUGAGUGGGAGCUCCCAGAUGGUACGACGGCGGAGGAUGUGAGCAUGGAAGAGGCAGGAGGGCUCACCAUCAACAAGAAGUUCCCCCUCGUGCUUGUGCCGACCAAGUACAAGUGGCAGAGAUCAUGAGUCAUGACCAGCUUAUAUUACCAAGACCGCUUAUGGAUCCAUGACCAAGUACAAGUAAUAUCUAAAUAAGUCCGAUCAUUUAUGAGAUAUAUAUGAUGUUGGAUCUCCAAAAGGAUGUGGUAAUCUAUUGCAGCAACCAUCUAAAAACAAAACAAAAAUGUAUAGCCUGCUACUUUACUUGUAUAUAUUUAUAUACUUUUUCACAUCUGAAUAUGUUGUAUCCAAGCCCUCAUUUGAAACUGUAGUUCACCAUAGUUUUCAGAGCAGUUUGAUUCA